CACUCGGAGGCUGAGAUAAGGCAGUGGCUACACUUUCAGUCAUCACCUGUCUUCGUCCUAGCCAGGUAAUUGUAGUGUUGUUAAGACCUGCUUAUGAAAAACAACCAAAGUGGUAUUGUGAAUUACAUCUGAAUAGACAGCAGCUUCAGUUGCACUAACAUUCAGAGUUCAAAGGUCAAGACCUGUCGGGUCAUCCACAAUACUUCCACGCAGCGUUGAAGACGACACUUCAAGAUGGUAUUUUGGAGGUCCCUGGGAAGAAACGCAGCUCAACUUCUGCAUGCAAUUCAGCUUAGGAAGAGUUGGUCUCAUAUCAUUGCCAUACUCAUCAUUUGUUUCCUUAUCAGCAUUCUUUCUGGAUACACCCAUCUCUCACUAAGAAGUGAUGAGAAGAGAGGAUUUGCUCUUUCUGAAAUCAUUGCAUCCAGGUUUUUUGAAGUUGGGAAACAAAGUCUUAAGCCACAUGUUACUGAGGAGCUGAUUAUGUCUAUUAAAGAUGGCGUCACAACAUCUAGGUUACUGAUACCGGAGCUUCAAUCAAAUGUACAAGAAGAAGGAGAUUCUCUCAAAGAUGGCGUAGCUAAAGUUACAGAAGCGAUUUUCCAUAGGUUAAAUGGCAGUCGGCAACUUCAUAAAAAGCCCUCUUCGACCCAUAUUGACAACUGGCAUAACUUUACACGGUCAGAAAUUGACAGUCUGUCCAUUGUGGGUCGCAGACUUUUCUUACAAGAGGACGUUGGCAUACCUCAGGACAGAAACUUUACUAUCCUAGUAUGGAAGCAUGGUCCGUAUUUUGAAACACGUUUUCUGAAGGAGUACGGAGAUGUGUACUUGGAUCCAUUCCGUUUCUGUUCCGUCAGAAACUGCGAAAUCACUUACGAUUCCUCAUUUCUCGACACAGCCGACGCCGUCCUGUUCCACUGCCACAGAACCAGCGGUCCGGCAGGCUACCCAAACAGGACGAACUUUGGGCAGAGGUGGGUCUGGUUAGCAGACGAAUGUCCCUACCAUACGUUCAAUUACGCCAGAGACAAAAACAUUUCCCACUACAAUGGUUACUUCAACUGGUCCAUGACUUACAGAAAGGACAGUGACGUUCCUGUACCGUACGGAAGGACUGUCAGAAUGACGAACGCCGAAGCAUCUCAGUAUGAAAGGGUGGAUUAUUUCAACUCGAAAAUAAACUUUACCGCUGCAAUGGGAACCAACUGUGGUGGGGGAAAUAAACGCUGGCAUUACGUGAGAGAAUUAAAGAAACAUAUGAACGUCGACUUUUAUGGAGGUUGUGGGACGCUGAAAUGCCCACGGCACGCUGCUCGUGACUGUAAGCUUCUGAAGAGCUACAAGUUUUACCUGGCUUUCGAAAACAACGAUUGCAGAGAGUACAUCACCGAAAAGGUGUGGUUGAACGCCAUGAAGAACGGAGCAGUGCCGGUCGUCAUGGGAGGGAAAGCUGCAGACUACCGGAAACUUCUCCCUCCCAAUUCUUUCAUCCAUAUCGAUGAUUUUCAGUCUCCAAAGCAGCUUGCAAAUUAUCUCUCGUCCCUGGCGCAGGACGCGGCAAAAUACAUGGAGUACCACGCAUGGCGCUCAAAGUUUCGCGUGUUGAACGAGCACGGAUACUUCGGUGCGCCCGUGUUCCAUUACUGCCGCCUGUGCGAAGCCCUGAAUUACAACGACCCAGCGCCCAAAGUAUACAAUCACAUGGAAGUCUUUUGGAGCAAAGAAACCGACUGUUAUCAACCGACGUGGAUUGACAGGAUGAACGCCAAUAGCACAUAGGUCUAGUCUAGAUCUUCAAGCACUCUUUGCUUUUUUUAUCUUUUUAAUUAGCCUUCAGAUCGGUUCGGAGGCAUAGCCUUUGAGCUCCUUAAUUCUACUGUUUCUGUUGAUGUUGUAAUGUUUUAGUCUUUCCCUAGCAGCUCAAUGUAUGCUACAGGUAGCUUGGUUUGAAUAAAAACUUUUUCUAAAA